CUACGAUACACCUCCAAUCAAAUCAUCACGGUAACGUGCCCCGAGCAGAGCUGUGACUUCUUCUGGCACUUUUGUUCAGCGCAGCGGUAUUCUGGGUCAUCCUGACGCGUUCGAUCAGGUGCGUGACGCGCUCGUCUGAAUGAACGCGCACCAGCCGUGCGCGCGCAGACUCCCAGUCUCCGUGAGAUGCCCGUUAGAUUCGGCGCGGCAGUGCAGUACCGCCGCUCAUGCGCGGAUUUCCCGCUCGUCUCCACGCGCACACACACGGAUCCGUGAACCGGAGAGUCGCGCGCGGACCCCAGGACGGUCAUGCCGUGAUGGUGUCACGCGCACGGACGCGUCAGCCGUGUUUGUGAAACCGGAGAUGAUGGUGAUGGUGGUGAUGAUGAUGGUGGUGGUGAGGAGCGGAGCUCUCCUCCGGUUACCGGGGCUCGUGAUCAGACUGACGGCGCUGAUGUUCGUCGCCGGUUCGAGCGGGAUGCCGCACGUGCUCAGAUUCGGUGGGAUAUUUGAGUCGAUAGAGAGCGGCCCGUCUGGACCAGAGGAGCUGGCCUUUAAGUUUGCGCUGAACACCAUCAACAGGAACCGAACACUUCUGCCCAACACCACGCUGACCUACGACAUCCAGAGAAUCAACGUCUUCGACAGCUUCGAGGCCUCCAGGAAAGCCUGCGAGCAGCUCUCCCUGGGCGUGGCAGCGAUCUUCGGCCCCUCCCACAGCUCGUCAGCCAAUGCGGUGCAGUCGAUUUCGAACGCUCUGGGCGUGCCUCACAUACAGACGCGCUGGAAGCACCAGGUGUCUGAUAACAGAGACUCAUAUUACAUCAGUCUGUAUCCAGACUUCUCCUCGCUCAGCCGGGCCAUCCUGGACCUCGUGCAUUUCUUCAGGUGGAGGAUGGUGACGGUGGUGUAUGACGACAGCACCGGCCUCAUCCGCCUGCAGGAGCUCAUUAAAGCUCCGUCCAGAUACAACAUCCGCCUGAAGAUCCGACAGCUCGCCGCCGACACCAAGGACGCCAAACCUCUGCUCAAAGAGAUGAAGAAAGCCAAGGAGUUCCACGUCAUCUUCGACUGCAGUCAUGAGAUGGCCGGCUGGAUCCUCAAACAGGCUCUUUCAAUGGGAAUGGUGACGGAAUACUAUCAUUACAUCUUUACAACUCUGGACCUGUUUGCUCUGGAUAUGGAGCCGUAUCGCUUCAGUGGAGUGAAUAUGACCGGUUUCCGCAUCUUGAACACGGAGAGUCCGCAGGUGACCUCCAUCAUCGAGAAGUGGUCCAUGGAGCGACUGCAGGCUCCACCCAAACCUGACUCGGGCCUGCUGGACGGGUUCAUGACGACGGACGCGGCGCUGAUGUACGACGCGGUUCACGUGGUAGCGGUGUCCAUCCAGCAGUCGCCACAGAUCACCGUCAGUUCACUGCAGUGCAACCGACACAAACCCUGGCGCUUCGGAGGACGAUUCAUCAGCCUCAUCAAAGAGGCAUCAUGGGACGGACUGACGGGUCGAAUCCUCUUCAACAAAACCAACGGACUGAGGACAGACUUUGACCUGGACGUGAUCAGUCUCAAAGAGAACGGACUCGAGAAGAUCGGGACGUGGGAUCCUCGGCGUGGACUCAACAUGAGCGAGAAUCACAAGAGCAAAAUCACCAACAUCACAGACUCACUGUCCAACAAAUCACUGCAUGUGUCUACAAUACUGGAGGAGCCGUACGUCAUGUUCAAGAAGUCGGAUAAACCUCUGUACGGGAACGACCGCUUCGAGGGAUUCUGUGUGGAUCUGCUGCGGGAGCUCUCGGGAAUCCUGGGCUUCCGGUACGAGAUCCGGUUAGUGGAGGACGGCAGAUACGGAGCGUUUGAGGAGAGCACGGGGCAGUGGAGCGGCAUGGUGCGCGAGCUCAUGGACCACAAAGCAGACCUGGCCGUGGCUCCGCUGACCAUCACAUACGUGCGAGAGAAGGUGAUUGACUUCUCCAAACCCUUCAUGACCCUGGGCAUCAGCAUCCUGUACCGCAAACCCAACGGCACCAACCCCGGCGUCUUCUCCUUCCUCAACCCUCUGUCCCCUGACAUCUGGAUGUAUAUUCUGCUGGCUUGCUUGGGUGUCAGUUGUGUGCUGUUUGUCAUAGCCAGGUUCAGUCCGUACGAGUGGUAUAACCCUCACCCCUGUAACCCCGACUCAGACGUGCUGGAGAACAACUUCACGCUGCUGAACAGCUUCUGGUUCGGUGUCGGCGCUCUCAUGCGGCAAGGCUCGGAGCUGAUGCCCAAGGCUCUGUCCACUAGGAUCGUGGGAGGAAUCUGGUGGUUCUUCACCCUCAUCAUCAUCUCGUCCUACACUGCAAACCUGGCCGCCUUCCUGACGGUGGAGCGCAUGGAGUCACCCAUCGACUCGGCCGACGAUCUGGCCAAACAAACCAAGAUCCUGUACGGCCUGGUGGAGGACGGCGCCACCAUGACCUUCUUCAAGAAAACCAAGAUCUCGACGUAUGAUAGGAUGUGGGAGUUCAUGAACAGCCGGCGUCAGUCUGUGAUGGUGAAGAGCGUGGAGGAGGGCAUCCAUCGUGUGCUGACGUCUGACUACGCUUUUCUGAUGGAGUCCACCACCAUCGAGUUCGUCACGCAGAGAAACUGUAACCUGACGCAGAUCGGCAGCCUGAUCGACUCCAAGGCGUACGGCGUGGGGACACCCAUGGGCUCUCCGUAUCGGGACAAGAUCACCAUCGCCAUCCUGCAGCUGCAGGAGGAGGGCAAGCUGCACAUGAUGAAGGAGAAGUGGUGGAGGGGGAACGGCUGUCCGGAGGAGGAGAGUAAGGAGGCCAGUGCCCUCGGCGUACAGAACAUCGGCGGCAUCUUCAUCAUCCUCGCCGCCGGCCUGGUGCUGUCCGUGUUCGUGGCCGUCGGCGAGGUGCUGUACAAAUCCAGACAGAACGCGCAGAUCGAGAAGCGCUCGUUCUGCAGCGUGAUGCUGGAGGAGCUCAGGGUGUCUCUGAAAUGCCAGCGGCGGAAACAGAAACCCCAGCCGCCCGCCAUCGUCAAAACAGAGGAGGUGAUUAACAUGCAUACCUUUAACGACAGGAGGCUCCCGGGGAAAGAGACCAUGGCGUGACGCCUCUCCUGUGACUCGUCCAAAUGACGGACACGAAGAUGUUUCCUGUGGAAAUCUGGAUUCGUGAGCGACUCAGAACCGCAGCCCUCGAAGAUUCAGUGUGUUCUCAUUUUACGUUGCUUUUCUCUGUGAAACUAGGUCAAGGUUUUAAACCAAUCAGUUUUUCCUCAGAUGAUGCUUUUAUUGCUGCCUUCAAGAGCGCCUGAUAAACACACUUUUUGUUUUUUUGUUUUUUUUCUAAUUUUUUCUUAUUUUUAUUUUUUCAAAAAUGUUUUUAUCCCAUGCAAUCUUCUUAAUACAAUACGAAACUAAUUCCAUUUAUUAAGAAGUUAUGUCUUGGUAAAAAAAAUUCUGAACAUUCUAUGAAUAUUUUGAUGAUAAAAUAUAAUGAUAACCAUAAAAAUAUAUUCUGUAUUAGUUUGUUAAACAAAGCCUCCUUGAAAUAUGAAUCCUCAUAGCAACCCGUCAAAAUAAAAGUUUGGUUUAACUGGAAGAAAUUGUGA